ACCAAAACAUAUCUUCAGAAGAGAAAAAGCACCCAUAAGUUCUAGGCAACAGAAGAGAAGGUAGCCAGAGAGGAAUAGAGGAGUUUCUGGUUCUUCUUCCAUGGCUGCUUCAAUUUCUGCAACUGGGUUUAAGGGAGGGUUAGGGACUUCCCUCAGUUGGGGAAGUUCGAUUGCUGGAGAAGACUCUGCUUUGCUUGGUAAGGCAGUGAAGAACCAUGUCCGGGUUCGAGUUGCAAAGCCAAUAAGGUUUCAGCCUGUGAUGAAGAACGUUAAUGAAGGUAAAGGGCUCUUCGCACCUAUUGUCGUUCUCACCCGGAACAUUAUCGGCAAGAAGAGGUUCAAUCAGCUCAGAGGAAAGGCUAUUGCCUUGCAUUCACAGGUGAUUACAGAAUUCUGCAGGUCAAUUGGGGCUGAUGCAAAACAGAGACAAGGGUUGAUUCGUCUGGCAAAGAAGAAUGGAGAAAGACUUGGGUUCCUUGCAUGAUGAAGACCAUAUGUUCUCCAUUUUGUCUUGAGCACUAGUAAUGUUGUAGUUAAUUAAUAGAUAGAUCAUUUCAAUCACUUCAUAUAAAAAUACCUUCUUCAUUCGGGUUACCUUAAGAAUUAGAAUGUAAACCUUAUAAUCCUUCCCUUUCCUGUACUCUUCCUAUCUCCCCUAGAAAGAUAAAAAAAUCUGAAUGUGGAUUUAUUGUUGAUAAAGUCAGAUCUAAGCUUGCGGGAUGGAAGUCUAACAUGCUCUCAGUUGCUGGAAGAGCUACUCUCGUCUCUUCUGUUUUUUCUUCCAUUCCUAAUUACCAUAUGCAGCGUAUGGUCUUUCCUGCCUCUAUCCAUAAUGAGCUUGAUGCUAUCUCUAGAAACUUUAUUUGGGGUUCUACCUCUUAGCAGAGGAAAGCCAAUUUAGUUUCCUGGGAUAGGAUCACUCAACCGAAAAAAGUUGGUGGAAUUGGUAUCAGGGCCAGCAAAGAAGCUAACCAAGCUGCCUUGGCCAAGCUACACUGGAGGUUGACCACUGAAACUCACAAACCCUGGGCCAAAGCCUUUAUCUCUAAGUACAAGGUCAAAACUCCCUAUCAUAAUUUCUCUACUUCGUUAUCCCCUGUUGUAAAGACAUUGCUAAGGGUAGGGAUAUUAUAGAAAGGGGCAUUAACUGGAUUCCUUGUGAUGGCUCUAGAAUUCUAUUCUGGCAGAAUAGAUGGCUCUUGAAGGA